CCUGAUUGCAGGGUUUCUUUUCAUCUCCUGCCGCAUCAGAGGGUCAUUUGUCCCGCGGCACUGAGAAUGAAGUGAUCACCCGUUACCGUUAGAUCUCUCCGCUGAAUCUGUUUACCCGCAACACCGACAUGAAGAAAAGCAAACCGAUCGCUCUGGACGGCCGCGAUAUUCAGUCGCUGCUGGACGCGGUCGGCGGAUUAGGCUCGGUGGUCGCCGUUGGGAUCAUUGCCAUGCUGUCGGUGUGCGCCGCUUUCUUCAUUUACCGAUCCUUUAGAGGUCAGCGCGGGAAGACGGACAAGAAUAACGGCAUAGAAACGACGGCGGCAACUGGAGAAGAAAGCGCGGUUCGGAGGAGGAAAACAGAGAAGGAUGAUCGACCUACCGAGUCAACAGCAGAAUGUCAAGAUGCAAAGCAGAAAAAGCUCCGCAGUGAAUCCAGUUAUAUGUCAGCCACCAACAACAUACCUCUUUCUACUGAGGUAGCAGAGAAAGACCUGAAUGAAAGCACUCUUAAGGAUUUGGAGGAGAUUACUGAUGAGCUUCUAACAGACCUGGAACCUGAAAUGGGAGACAAAACGGAUUCUGAUUUUGAUCCGUGCAUGGAAAUGGAUCCUGAUGAAAACACGGAGUGUGAGGAAGAUAGGCUAAAGGAGAAUGAUGAUGGUGGAUGUGAGGUUGCAGCGGAUGUUUGUGUACAUUUGACACAGUUAGAAUGCCAGAUUGAGAAAACUGAGGAAUAUCUUGACAAACCGGACAGAGGACAGAGUCUAGACACAGAUGAACCAUCUGAAACUGAAAGUGCUCAGGAUAUCGUUGAUCAAAGACGCCAAGAUACUCUUCACAAUUCUUCUUCAUGCCAAUCGGCAGACCACAAAUUCAGUAAGACUCACUUAGAGGAAGACAUCAAGACAGCAGAGGAAGCAUGCAAGAAGUUUGACGAUCAUCACGACUGGCGCUUUCCACGAACGAAUAACUUUGAUUGCUGUUGUUGUGAUAAGAAGAUGGAGAGAAUGAAAGGCCAGCCAUGGUUUCCAAUUGGAAGCCACGCAACAGACACUUUCACUCCAACUGUGGAAACCAUGGUCAAUCACUGUAGCAGGUUUGAUUUCCAUAACUACUUGGGCUUCCAAACUGAUAAUACCUUCAUUGGUGUGUCUUCGACGCAAGUGAGUCUCUCACAAGAGAAGAAAGCCAAUGAAGAAGGCGCAUCGGUGGAAGUGAAACAUGAGAAGAAUCAGAUUAGCAUCAUGGACGCCAUUAUGGACAAUAACGAGUGGUUAAACGUAGGUGCACCAGAGUUUAAAGAUCGUCCUUGGCUUACACCAACUGCAAGCAUUAAUGAAGAAGGGAAACCCAAAGCUGAUUUAGCCAAAGAUGAGGAAGAGCUGGCCAAUAAAAGAGUAGCAACCGUUCCACCUUUAGCGCAAACGGUGAGCGUGACCUUCAGAAUUCAUUACAUCACACACUCUGCGCUCCAGCUGGUGGCUGUGACCGGGAGUCUACAGGAACUGGGGGCCUGGGAGAGUUUUAUUCCACUACAAAGAGCCAAAGACGGGUUCUGGGCAAACACCGUCAGCCUCCCUGUGGAGAGCCAGGUGGAAUGGAAGUUCGUCCUGGUGGAAGAUGGACGAAUCUCACGCUGGGAGGAGUGUGGGAACCGUUUUCUGUGCUUAACAAGCCAAGACGAAGAAGUCUAUCUUGAGAAGUGCUGGGGAUGUUGUUGAACUCAGAGGUGACUUUUUUUUUUUAGGGCUGCACGAUUAAUCACAAAAUUGCAGGAUGGUUUGCCAAAAAAACUAAUAACUACUUAUUUACUUACACUCAAAUUGUUCCAAAUUUAUAUGAGCUUGUUAUUCUGUUAAACACAAUUUGGUUACCAAAAUUCUUGAAAAUAUAGUGCUUGUGUUGAACAGAAGAAAACCGCAUAUGAUAUUUUUGAGGAUGAGCAAACAAUGUCAGAAUAGAGUGGAGGAACAAUGACUUUACCUUGUAGGCUAAUCAGCUGCUAGCAUAAAACUGGUUCCCUCGAUAAAAUCCCCAUAGGAUUUUCCUAUAGGCUUUUCGAAGAUUGCGAAUAAUAAGCUCUGUGUUCAAACACUGUUCAUUACACUUACACGUUUUGUCCAAAUGGAUAAUCCUCACACGAAAAUACAACUUUUAGUUUAAGGUCUUUAAGUUUGGGUCUUAAAUGCAAACAUAAGAACUGAAAAGCUAACAUUAGGCUAUUAACAGACUACAGUGCUUUCGGCACGCCUGUAACGUUAGCACCAACCGGCCACAGACAACUUUUCAAGGUUAUUUUUAAAAAUAUGGUCCAUGACUAAGAUUUACUCUCCCGGUUUAUUAUAUUAUAAUCCACGCUAUAUAUUAUAAACAAAUAAAUAUGCAAAAACACAUAGACCUACGUACCUUUUGGAUAGUUUUUUACAUGGGAAAUACAUUUUGUUUUGCUUUACAAUGUUACUAUGUAAAAGUUUUAAAACUGUAUGUAUAAAUGUGCCUACAUAGUAUUAUCAUUAGACAUAUUUAAAUGAGCUUAUCACUUGCGUGCACACAGCCCGCUUACCUUAGUAAUAGCUGACAGAAGGUGUGAGGGCGUGAGGGACAAGUGUAUAUGCCUGCAAGUUCCAUCAUAGAUAAAGAACAACAUUUAAUAUUUUUUUACAGCGAAAAGCAGCCCAUACAGUCAUAUAUGCUAUACAUAUUAAGAAGUGUAAAUACUGCAGUUAUGACAUACUGUAGUUAAAUGUGUUCAGAUGAAGAAAAAAACUGACGAAAAUCAAUUGAUCACAUUAAAAUGAGUUAAUUUUUAUGUAUUUUUACACAUUCAUUCACACGUUUGCAUUACUGAGAGCAGGAAAGAGACAGACUGCAGCGGUGAGCAGUAUCUUCAUAAUAUUAUUUAAUUAAAAUAAAUGAUCAACAAAUGAAUCUGUCUUGACCGUCUUUACAAAUGAAGGCAUUAUCUACACACAAUAUGAAUUCCCAAAUUGAAAAAUACUACAAAUUAUAAAACACUAUUCAUGAAAAUACUUAAAUAACAGACAAAUCCAAAUGCUGAACGCAAGCGGGCUGCUUUCCAGACCAGUUCACCUCGAUGACGUAUAAUGUCUCCGACACCGCCUGUGGUCCCAUUUAGCAACUUGAUAGCAACCGUCAUUUUAAAUAAGCGUAACCGAUUUUUAAAAAAAUCAAGAGAGUGAAGUAGCUGAUGUGUUUUAUGUCGUAGAAUAAAACGUGAAAGCAUCUUGAGUGUGUAUUAACCACAAACCUUAUUUAACAGAAAAACCAUUGAAAAAAAACUAUUGACUUCGGAACGAUGGAACCAGAACUGCUAAAAUGCUAACUCGCUUCCGGGUUUUUGCAUACAAAUUGACAUUAUAGUUCCUCCACUCUAUUUAAGCCAAAAUUCAACCAUUUUGCAUUUCGCCCCCUAGUGAUAGUCGUUUCAAGAAGCUGUUACCAUUUUUUAUCUAGGCUGAAUUAAUGAUUUCAAUGACAGUACUGAUUGUAUGAUUAUAUUCACAAAAACAGGGAUAAUCUAAUAUACAGAAAUUAAGGCAGCCAAUAAUAUUAGUAUUGUCAUUUUACGGUUUUAAUAAGGAUAAAUUAUUAUUAAAAGUAUUGUUUUACUGAAAGACUUGCUUUUUAUCUUUCAGUGAAUUGGUACAGUACGAUGAGUUUUCCUGCUUUGUUUUAUUUAGUAGUGUUUAUAUUGGAUAUUUAAUAUAAUUUAUGUUUUUGAAUAUAAUUUGGAAUAUUUUUAAUGUAGUAUCUUUUUAUAAUAAUCAGAAUAAUAAGAGGAACAAUACAAAUUUGGCCAAAAGUUGGACAAAAUGUUGAUAUAUAAUAAUAAUAAUAAUAAUAAUUAUUAUUAUUAUUAUUAUUAUUAUUAUUAUUAUAUAUCUAUGUUGGUAUAUAUAGAUACAAAAUCCAUCACCAAAUUAUACAGCCCUAAAACAAGCACAGCAAACCUCAAUAUGUUUUCAAUUUCUUUUUCAAAAUCGUCCAGCCCUAUCAUACUCAAAUCUUCCAGCUCUAUACAGCAAUAAUAAUCCAUAGUGCAUUAUUACAAUUCAGUAUGUAAGAUUGUAUUGUAAUAUUAUUGAUUAAUAAUUAAUUACUCCAAUAAAGCAUGAGGCUUUGGAACUGUUACUAUAGCAAUACGAUUAUAACGUUACAAUUAUGCACUUUUUUACAUCAAUUAAUGAUAUGUGUGUUAAUUAUAUCCAAUUGUACUCUUAAGUGUCUGACCGUACAACUAUAAUCCUGUAACAGCAAUGUACCAAAACUGAGAAAAGUCUUGUCUGUCAUGUACCCGAGAAAGUCCUAAUGCUUCCAGGAGUUAAUAACAUCUUUUUGUAUUAUAUAUCUCCAUUUUCAGAAUAUUAUAUGUCUGUAAACAGUUAUUUUAAUCUAUAAAUGUUGCAACAAUCACGCUGAUCUUUUCACGAUCUCUACUAAUCUAAAUUUAGGCUCAAAGCACACUCUAUGCAAGUGCACAAAUGCGGACAUGAAUGCAAAAUACAGUCUCGCUGUAGAUAUCAAGCAUGCAUGAUUGCAUUACUCUGCCAGAAAGAAACCUUUAAAACUCUCUCAAGCUGAAUGUUAUAUUAUUCAGGACUAGUCCUGUCUCAAUAUAUUGACUUAUUGCGCAAUACAUGGACCUCAGUCACUUUUGGUGACGCAAUAUAUAGUAGUCAACAUUUGAAAUCGAUCUGAAAACAAAUGCAUCCAAAUAUUGUCCUAAGACAAGAAUGGGUGUUGUUCAAUAGUAGGCAUGGGCUGGGAUAAGAUUCUGAUGGUGUGAUAACCUUGGAUAAAAGUAUCACGGUUUCAUGGUACCACGGUAUUGUGAUUACUGCUCUAAAAUAUAUUCUUUUUAAAUGUCUGGGUAAAAAAACUAAAAUUAAAAUUCCCCUUUGAACACAAUAUAUUUUAUUCUGAGAAACAUUUUAAAAUAUUUUGGCGCAAUAAACAUGUUAAGCUAAAUAAUUCAAAUGAAUCAUUGACUUACUGACCAUCUGAACACAGAUUUCUUUACAAUUUAAACAGCAUCUUUGGAUAUCUAUUCUGCUAGAGAUACUGUUGUCCUAAAAAGAAAAAAAAAUCUUCCACAUACCUUGGGAACGGUAUUACAGAAAAAUUUGGCGGUUUUAAAACCUUGACUUUUUUCAAACUGCAGUAUACCCUGAAAACGGUUAUUGUCCCAUGCCUAUUCAACAGUUUUAGUGCUGGGACACACCAAACUGACCCAAAACAACCAGCAUCGACGAAACCCAACUGUGUUGUCACCUCACGUCAGCGUAUGUCUAGUUCUAUCUGGAUUAAAAAGCUACUUGUGAACACACCAAACGGACGAACUGAAACAAGAGCACGUAUUCUGCACCUGCAUGGGAGGACGUGUCUUUCCGCACCAUGUGAGGCAAUAAUCUGUUUUAUUGUUCGCAAACGGGAAACCAAAACUUCCCACGUGCGAAAUAAAAUGGCUUAAAAAUAGUGGGUCAUCAUAUUUUACCUUGGUCCAGACCAAAGGAAACGUACUACAGGUGUGAAAGCACCCUAAGCAGCUUGAAAGGAAUAGUUCACACCAAAAUGAAAAUUACACCAUAAUUUACUCACCCUCAAGUCAUUCUCAGUGUAUUUAUCUGUCAGACAAACAAAGCCGGAGUAGUUUUAAAUUUAAUCCUGCGUCUUCCAUGCUGUAUAAUGUUGUUGGAUAGUGACUUUAAUUUUGAAGCUUCCAAAAGCACAUACUCCACCAAGGGGUCUUAGGAGGCUGAUCCAUGUCUUUAUGUAAGCAAAAUGUUUCAAAUAUUCUUUCAUUUUCCAUCAGCUUAGCCCCUUAUUUAUUAGGGGUCGCCAUAGGGGAAUGAACUGCCAACUAUUCCAUACAUUUUACAAAGCGAAUGCCCUUCCAGCCGCAACCCAUUACUGGGAAACACCCAUACACUCUCACAUUCACACACACUCAUAUAUUAUGGCUAGUUUAGUUCAUCCAAUUCACCAAUAGCGCAUGUGUUUGGACAGUGGGGGAAACCGGAGCACCCGGACAAAACCCACGCCAACACGGGGAGAACAUGCAAACUCCACACAGAAAUGCCAACUGGCCCAGCCAGGACACGAACCAGCGACCCUCUUGCUAUGAGGCGACAGUGCUAACCACUGAGCCACUGUAGAGCCGCCCUGUUUCAAAUAUUUCAAUAAUAAACUCCAAUUAAUGACUUCUGGCAAGUGGCCAAAUGCACGUCAUAUGACGCAAGACAGGUCGAAAGAUGCAUGUAGGCGACGUUGUAAGUGUAAUAUACAGAAGAACACCAAGCUAACUAGUUUUCUUGUUCAUCGUUGUCUUUUGUGGUAAACACUGUGUAGUCAGUGGUUCCCAUGAGAUGCGUCUAGUCCCAAAGUCAGUGAUUGGAGCUUAUAAUUAUCAUUCAUUAAUUUUCUUUUCGACUUAGUCCCUCUAUCAAUCUAGUGUCGCCACAGCGAAAUGAACCGCCAACUUAUCCAGCAUAUGUUUUAAGCAGUGGAUGCCCUUCCAGCUGCAACCCAUCACUGGGAAACACCCAUACACUGAGCUUAUAAUUAAAAAUGUGAAAUAUUUGUUACAAAAACACACUAAUCUGCUUUAUAGGAUAUGCGCUAAACCCCUGGCAGAAUAUGGGUUAGAAGCUUCAAAGUAAAAGCCACUAUCCAAUACCAUUAUACACAACCUGACAAAAGUCUUGUCGUCAAUCCCAGUUGUAAGGGCAACAGAUAAUAACUUCCAGUUGAUCAUUUGGAAAAGUGGCAGAAGUGGUAGACUUUUGCGAUGAAUCAUCUGUAGCUGCAUCCAAAUCAUCACUAAUACUGCAGAAGACCUAUUGGAACCCGUAUAGACCCAAGAUUCUCACAGAAAUCAGUCAAGUUUGGUGAAGGAAAAAUCAUGGUUUGGGUUUACAUUCAGUAUGGGUUGUGCAAGAGAUCUGCUGACUGGAUGGCCACAUCAACAGCCUGAGGUAUCAAGACCUUUGUGCUGCCUAUUAAAUUACAAACCACAGG